AUGGAUACACAUCUACUCAUUAAUACCUCCGGUAUCCUAACUUCACCUUACUACCCCUCGUUUUAUCUGAAUAACAUGAGCCGACGGUGGCACCUGGAAGCCUCAAACAGUCAGCGGAUUCACAUCGCAUUUCUCUAUCUUGACAUUGAACAAUACCCGACAUGCAAAAAUGACUACGUUAUGAUACAAGAUGGUAGAUCAUCAGAGAAACAGUCUUAUUUUUGUGGAAAAAGUAUACCAGCUGAAUUUAAGUCAAGUUCGAACCAACUAUUAAUUGUUUUUAAAAGCAAUAACAAAACUGCUGGAACAGGGUUCAAAAUUCGAUAUAUGAUUGUUAAAGGUAAAGGGAUCGUCGCAUUUUAACUGCGUAUGCAUGUGUCGCUUUUGUUAUUGUUCAUGAAUAUUUUGCUUGUUAAUAGAAAACGAAGACGAUGGCUGCUUGUUGGCUGACGUACCAAGUAUGCAAUUUCAUUUUUGUACUUUUGUCGUAACGGAUUGGGAAUUUAGGAUAAAUAAUCUUGUUUGUGGGUGGUUUUCAAUAAGCACAUUCAAUAAGCAAAGAGUGAGAAAAUAAUGUAAUUUAUUUCAUAAUAUACGAACUUUAUUCUACCUAGAUUGUCCUGAAAACUGUCGUUGUUAUCGUUGGCCAUUGGACCAAUCAAAAAUCUCUGUGUAUGCGAGAGAUUUAAACAACAUUGCGUCUGUUUAUCCACAAUAUACAAGUGCAAUGUAAGAGUGUAUAACAUUAGAUUUAACGGUCUACUCAUACACGAUAGCGCUUCAAUUUGAUUUUAAUGCCUUUCCUUUUUUGUAAAUAAAAUAAUAACUGUAAAUAUGUACAUAACUAUUUUUAAUUAUACUUUUUAGAUAACAUAUAGAUAAACUUUACUUUGUAAUCUAUAGCAGUAAGUCUGUUGAAGAGCCACUCUGUAGAUACACUGUUAUUAAAUCAUUAUUAUUACUAUUAUUAUUUUGUUUAGAUUUUACGAGAAAAAUUUCUUCUAUAAAAUAACCAAUGCGGACUUUAACAAUGCGCCAGAUCUGGAAUUACUGUAAGUAAUAAGCUGCUUAUUUCGGCAACGUUGUUCUGUAGGCAUUUUCCCCGAUGUAUUCUAGAGCUGAUCUGGUUUAGCCAACUCAGCGUAAUAGUCACUAAAUAAACUAUCCACCUACGAACUAGCUAGAAUUACAUGAUCUGUGGUUUUAUAUAUGUUAACAACUUUUAUUUUGAUUGUUAUUGUUUAGAAGUUUGAUGGAAAAUUUCAUCACUGUCAUCGAACGUGGAGCAUUUCGCAAGCUCAGGUCUCUAAAAACAUUGUAAGUUAAAGAAAAAGGUCGAAAAUUUUUAGUAGUUUUCAUUCGAAAUUAUUAAGUGAUUCUUAAUUCUUCUUUUAAAGUCGUCUUUCACAGAACACAAUAACCAGCAUUCCACGAAAUAUUUUCAGUGAAAACCCUUCGCUUGAAGUUGUGUAAGUUCAAAACAUUAUAGAUAGAUUAGUAGUUGAAAGUAAAUAGUUGGCAGUCAUACACCCUUUUCAUAAAUGGCUGCCGAUUAAAAAUUCUUUUAUUUGCAUAUAAAUUGGCCCAACUAGCCUCGUACUCAUGUUAAGAUUUCAAAGGAAUUUCUACCCAGAAACGAGGCUAGUUGGGCCAAUUUAUAUGCACAUAAAAGAAUUUUUAAUCGGCAGCCAUUUAUGAAAAGGGUGUAUGCGACCUUGGUUAUAGCUGUUCUUAAUGCUUUCCCCACACUAUCUGCCUCGUUCCCAGGCGCUAAUAAAAAAUUUCAUGCGAGUCUCUAUAUGAAAUGUUUACAUGAAGUAGUGCAUCGCGACGAAGAAGCGCAGGGGUUUAUGGGCUUGAGGCAGCGAAAAUUGAGAAGCGCCUGGGAGAUCUUGUGCCAUUUCUUGCAAAAUUCGUCUGUUUCUUGCAAGUCUGUUUCUCGACAGUUUCAGGGGGUUUUUUCGCCAUUUUUUUUCAGAAAAUAACAUUUCAAAUUGUUAAUUCAAUUAAACAUGUGAUUACAGUCAGAUAAUAUUUGAUAUCAUUUGACCCUUUAAAUGAUUCCGAGAUGUCAACACUUGAAGAGGUCAACGAGGCUGUAGAAGAGUUUAUAUAAUAACUUUACAAGGUAUGGAAAAAUGACGUCCUUAUCACAAUGCGGAAUUUAUUUUAAAAAUCUACAGCUACAGGAAGUUUUUUAAACAAGGAAGCGAUGAAACUUUAUUUUGUAUUGCGUUACGAGCUUAUUUACAUGCAGUAUGUUUGAUUUUCACGAUGCAAGCGAUCGACAAUAUUCUGAAUAAUUCAAGUAAGGAUAGUUUUAAUUCUUUCUGGUGAUAUACAUGAAGGCAUUUAUAUUUAGAUCUGUUGUUUACUUGCUUUAUGUUCGACAGUUAUUAUACAAGAUUGGCCAGGCGCAAACCAGAACGCUCAUAUCCCAUUCCCCUUUGCACACCUAUAAUAUGACGCACUACUUCAUGUAAACCUUUUAUGUAGUGACUUGUGUGUGAAAUUGUUUUAUAGCGCCUGAGGGCGAGGCAGCCACACUAUCAUGUAUUCUAUUUAAGUUAAAACAUUGUUGGAACAACUCAUCAAUGACAUUUCAAUGGCACUCACUAAUGACUUUUUUCAAAAAAUGUCCCCGUAACAAUGUGUGACUGCCAAUUCUCACCAUGGCUAAUCCCAGUUAUCGUAUUACACCGGUGUUCCACAACUUUUCUAUUUCAUAUCUUUGGUUCAGUGCUUGUUGUGACGACAAAAAUACCACCGUUUGAUUCAGCGUAUAAAUAUCUCCUAAUUCCUAACAAUAGUUUUAGUCAAUGUCAGCAUUAUAGAGAUUUAUGGCCUUUGACAGUCAAGCGUGGAUCCUAAAUUAUCAAAUUAUGCAAUAUUACUCAAUAAAUAUAAACUAGGCAUACUUUUUGCCAAACAUAACUUCAGUCCCUUGGGUCGUAUCGUCUUCGUGAUAGUCUUGUCCGAAUCAACAACCCAAUUUGCAUCUUUUAUUACCGUAUUUCCAUUUCUGGUCCGACUGGGAGCUAAUCCCAACCAGAAAUACAAUUUCAAAACGUCAAAACAAUGCGAAGCUUGUAUUCUAUGACUCUGGAAAUGGCAGAAAUCGAUUCUAAAAGUCAAAGUGCACCUGCACGCUUGAUUUUCGAGGUAAUCCGGCUACGUGAGCUCCUUAAUAUUGGCCAAGUAUUGCGCGUGGCACGUGUGUGCGAGUAGUAAAACCCGAUAUAUUUCUACUCGCCGUAUUCAAACGAAACUUGCUAAAUGAAAGCACUUGAAUACAAAGAGUAUUUUAUACUCAUGUAUACACUUGGGGCGAAUAACGAAAAGUUUAGAAUAUAUUCAAGUUUUUUUCUCCAGAUGAAAUUGAGAAUUUUGGCCAAGCGGUGAGUAACUGUAGGAUCAUUGUUUUGGUUUGUGUAAUAUUUUGACGGCAUUUGACCCCCCGUUCGAAAGGUUAUUUUGUGAGGAUUUCAACGGUGGUUUUCGUUUAAAAGGGGGUAGAUACUCGCCGAGAUAUUUACAUUAGAAACAAUUGACUCGUAAUACUGUAAUACAAUAUAUGUCCAGAAAUAAAAAGAGACUGGUUUGGCUACUUGUAUCAUGUGACAAUAUGUUAUUGUUCGGCUCAAAUUACAGUCACUUGACGAGAUGAGUGCAUGCCACUAGUCGAAGCCAUAUAUACAUACUAUAAAUUUGCCUUCAAAAAAGCAGUUAUUUUCGGCAUGUUUUUUGUUUCGAUUUUUCGAGUCGAACAUGCAAUAACAAAAAUGCCUGGGUCAGAUUGUGCGUUUUGCAGUUGUUACACUAGCAGGAAAAGCAAAAUUUCGCUUUUCAAGAUCCCUGUAGUGUGCACAGCCGAUAGUGACCACACAAAAGCUUUGAAGACAAAGGCUCGUCAAUAAUGGAUUGCAUUAAUCGUCUUUAAUCCUAAGGACCAGAGAAAUGAAACUUGAACUUAACAAACUGAAACUUGAACAACAAAUUGAUGGCAACAACAUUCAUCUCUGCGAACUCCAUUUCAAACCAGAAUACUUUAAUAUUCGUAAGUAUCACUAAUCAUUAUAAAUUCGCGUUCAUGCUGUAUUUAAAUUUAUUAAAAUAUAAACAUAUUAUAAAAUAUAAAACAUAUUAAAAUAUUUAGUAUAUGUCAAUGCCGUGUAUAGAACCCCGUGCAGCUAUAAACCUACACGGUAUAUACGAAGCGGUCAGAUGACAUUGUCAUGUUAAAACUACUGUUUAAUAAACGAGCAGGAGUGUUUUAUUAGGUUUAAAGCCUUGAGCGCGCAGCGCGAGUGGCUUUAGACCUAAUAAAACACGACCUGCGAGUCUAAUUAGCAGUGUUUUAUCAGGUUUAAAGCCACUGCACGUGACAUAUUAUUAUUGACAUGAUUUGCCAAUAAGCUUAUGAAUUAUUAAUGAGUGUUUGAAGCGUAUAUUAUGAUUACGUUUUUUAUUUAUUUGUUUGCAUAACGUUCAUUUUUUACCCUAAAAGAAAGACUUUAAUUUCUGGAAAUGUUGUUAGUGAAAGUCUACCGACGAGAAGGUAUGAUGUUGUGAAAUCAGAGCGACAGAUAUUAUUAAGACGAAAUGAGGAUUUACUAACUAUAGUUGCAGCUCACCAGAAGAAACCCAUAAAGUUGUAAAACACCAAGCUUGGAAAGUGUUAUUGAGCAGGUGCAAGAUAUAGUAUUCCUUCUUGGAAAUUAGAUCAUUCUCCUGACAAUGAUGUUAAACUGGAACUCUAUGAUGAUCUGCAUAGCCUGCUUAUUAAAUAUACUGUACUGUGCUAAAUCAUUUCUCUCUGCAUGGAGUCCACCAUCGCCAUAUAUAUAAUUGGCCGAUCAAAAAGGAUCAUUCUAUUUAUAAGAAACUGAAACGUUCAGUGAUGUAUCAUUCCAUGUGUCAACUCAUUGUGUCAGGGUUUACUAGAUGAUAUUGAUUUGUACGUUGACAGUUAUUGUCGAUCCUAUUUAAAACGUAACAACGUCUGGUACUAUGUUACGCUACUCUGUUCCCAAAUCCCUAACAUCUGAGCAGACUCACAUCAAGACUUCAGUUAUUCUACGGUCAGUGGACUGUGAAUUAAUUUGUACUACUUUAGAGGAUCAGCAGUGCAAGCCACGUGGGACUGCAAACAUGGCUAUCAAGAAAGUAAGCAGAAGGAAAUCAAGAGCAUCGGAAGCCCCGGCAAAAGACAAGGCACCACUUGCAGCAUGUGGGCCUGCAAAACUGCAAAACUUCGAGCGACUAUAAGAAGUGACCAGCUGCAUUGUAAGCAGUCAGAAGAAAGACUUCAAAUGCUUCAAGAGAAAAUUGAAGCUGAUGAUGAUGAAAAUUGA